GGGUUUCUAGCGCACACUUUCACCCACUGACUGCAGCGGCGGCCGACGCGUUCGAUGGCGGGCGUGCUGAGAAUAGCUCGUAAUCCCCAGCGACACACGUGCCAACACGGCGACAAUCCCUUCACGACAAGUCACAGUUGAGCGCUGCGUGAUUCGCGUGACCCGAGUUGACUCCUUGACCACGUCUACGACGGCGCUUGAAAAAGGCACAGAAAGUAGUUUGUACCUUUAUUUGAUGGGUUGAUAUCCAAUUUAAGGUCCAAGUACUCGUCCGCGUUUUGUUCUCAUUAGUACUAGUGAGGCAAAACUGUGCUACUAGUACUACUAGAGACAUACAACAAUACAUUUAGCUCUUCACUAGUAGCACAGAUGUUAAUGAAUGCAUCAUUUUGCCAAAUUUGUCCUACUAGUGUAGUGGGAAAAAAAAGACUGAAAACUCCCACUGUAAUGUGUAAUCUGAUGAGAAACAAAAUUAAUAUUUUCAUAUGAUGCUGACUUUUUGCUGUCACGAUUCUUCUCGUGUGUAAAUUGACUUAACUUUAGGACAGAGAGCGUACUAGUACGUGGAUCUUGUAUCAUGACACUCAUACAGAAUUCAGCUGUCAAGGGUCACACGUGCCUCACUUGAGUCCAAUGCAACACCGCCAGUUCGAGGAAUAUUGUUGGGAUAGUAAAAAAAAAAACCAAGCCCACCUCCUACAAACUGGUCAGUAGAGCAGAGGGGGCGGAGUUUCAACAAGAGAGAGCUGCGUGAGUAUAAAUAGGUCACGCAAGAUUAUGCUGUGGGGAAAGGGAGGGCGCGGACCUCGCAGGAGCAACUGGCUGCCCACCAUUUUGUCUACUCGGAAACGCGGGGACAUGGAAUCUCUCGCUCUGCACCGCGGCACCAGCAUGGAGGCAUCCAGCACAAGUUUCCUGCCCAUAUUCGGCCUCGGCUCGAUGGCGCAGUCAGCCGGUCUGGUGGAGAUUGCCGUGCGGUUGUGCUUGAACCAGCGCAAACAGUUGUGUCCUCACGUGUGGGUGCCCAUCUUGAAACCGCUGCGGCCGUGCAUCCGCUCCGCGCCUCCAAAGCACGGAUCAUCUGACGUCCUACGGCAAUUCGGGGCAACCCAGAGUUUGGCGGGUUACCUGGACGACUCGGAUGAUGAUGCCGAUGACGUUUGGGGCCCGGUCAAGAACAAGCGCGUGGUCUUUGCCGACUCCCAGGGGCGGUCGCUGACAGAUGUGCGAGUCUUCUCCGACGAGGAGGACCGCUGCGACCUGGACCCCCUGCCGUCCCUCCAGGGUUUGGUCGGGAUGACGGAGGCCAGUUACAGCUGCACGGUCAGCACCUGCUGCCCGGGAACGCAGCUCACGCUCGGCUUCCCGCAGCCCUCCGCCGAUUUCCGGGCCUUUCGCGCCAAGCUGGCCGAGAACAUGGUCACCCUGGAGAACUGCACGGUCACCGAGCAAGCCCUCAGAGGCACCGUCCGAGUUCAAAAUGUCAGCUUUCAAAAAGACGUGCGCGUGCGUAUCACUUUUGACUCGUGGCGGAGCUACAGAGACGUGCCCUGCGCGCACUUGCAGCAGCGCUUUGGGGGGCCGCAAACGGACAUCUUCGAGUUUCACAUAGACAUGCCCAAAGUGCUCGAUGCCAAACGAAAGAUCGAAUUCUGCUUAAGUUAUUCACCGGGAGCCCACGGCCAUACUUUUUGGGACAACAACAACGGACAGAACUACACGAUUGACGUGCGUGUCAGCUCACAUCUUUGUCACAGUUAAAGGCCGAAGAAUCACAUCAGGGUCGACUUGAGAAUUUAAUACGUUCGUAAAGCUUUCAACCUUGUGCUUUUCUAUGUUUUUUUUUUAAUUGCAUUCGAAUAAAGGUUUUCCUUCCAAAGGUU